GCAUCAGGGAGCGACCAGCGCAUCACAGCAACAGUCUCACGCUGAGUCACGGCUCCUUCCCGCACCUCUUAAACCCCCUCUCCUCCUACAAUAAAGUGCAAAUACAGCCAAUCAAGACGGGAAAAAGGCUCGUGCAGGCGCUGAAGGAGGAGUGUGACGCCGUUUUGAACCAGGAGGCUGCGUGGAAGUGUUCGGAUUAGGGGCCCCCUUCCCCACCGGCCUCGUAUUUGGCCUCUGCGCACCCUAGGCAGUAAAUUUCGGACGGAUGUAAAAACCAGUUAUUGCGUGUGAUCCAGUGCCUCGUAUACUAACUACACACCGAGAUAUCCACCUACUCUGCCACUGGGUGUGGCCAGUAGUUGGAUUGGUGACCAUCACAAGACGACCCACUCGGGGCUGGCUUUGGCAGGAGGGUCAAUAAAUCAAUUGUAUCCAGAAUGGUUUAAUAAUACUCUGCUCAUCUCAACACCAGAAAUGUACAUUGAAUGUCAACACCCAAUCAUAACCUCCAGCAUUUGACAGAAAUACUGGAUGCAUAUGGUAUAAAAGAUUCCAAUGAUGAUGCGAAGCAUAUAUUAGAAAUACCACAAAUGCAGUAUCGGCAUCCUGCAUCUUGGUCGUUAUUUUAAUCUGCUGUAAAUUACAUCUAGUUCAUGUAAGUUAAUUUCACUCAUCCAAUUUGUUAUAAUUUAUUAUACUAUCACCCACUGAAGCACAAGUUUACGCAGUCACCACAUUGACAUAAGACUUGUAUCCUAAAGGCCAUUAUGUUACAUUGUGUAUGUAGUUUGUUACAUUUAAUAGUGUUGUGAUAGCAUUGAGAUCCUAACUUUGUCUCUGUACUUGCUAACAUCAAAUAGUUUUGUUGUUAAUUUUUAUACAGCUGUGUAAACCUAUUUUCUCCAUGAAACAUUUCUGAUCCUCAUGAAUAUUCUUCUGUUUUCAUUUUUCAUUGGCUUAUUCAUGAUUGAUUCAUAAUUGAAUGAUUCUCAGUAUGAGAAUGAUAAAAAUAGGAUUUUGAAGAAAAAUACGAGACUUAGACGGCAUUAGAAUUUUGACAAAACUGAAUUUAUUGCAUAAAAUAAACAAUAUGCAAGCAAUGUAUCACUUAAACAAUUAAGGAUAUAUAAUCCCAUUCAGUAACUACUGUAGUUUUCAUUACUAGAAAAAUUUAGUAAACUAUUUGUACUUUCAUUGAAAAGAGAGCCUAGGCCCUUCAUGGUAAAUCUCUUGAAAAUUUAUGGUAAUUGUUAUAAUUCCAUGUAUUGUUCAUGUAUUUUAUGUACUGUGAAAUGUAUUAAUUUAUUUUGUACAGAACACAUGUGAAUGUUGACUUUAAAUAUAAAAUUAUUUUGGCACUGAAGUGUAGUGUUGAAAAAAUAAUUAUUUUGUAUUCAAAGUUAAGAGAUCUUUCAGAAAAAACAUCUUUAGUGGAAUAUAUAAACUGUGUAUUUAUAUAUAUAUCUAUAUAUAGGUGACAUCCAUUGCUCAGUAUUUCAAGUCUUCUUAUAAGUUAUGCUUAGUAAUACAUGCCAAAGUUUGUAGAUGAGAGGAAUAAUAUCAACGUCAAAAUAUUCCUAAGAAAUAUAAUUUAGCAUACAAGUAAUUUAAGGCAGGAAAUUGUUUACUAUAUUGACAUUCUUCAUGUCUGCCAUAGAAGCCAAUUUAAGAGUCCAUAUAGAAGAGAGAACAUAUUUAUGUUCAGAAUGUCCAAAAUUCUUUUCGAACAGCAAAAGUCUGGCAGCACACAUGAGGUGUCACCCUGUCAAGAAGCUAUAUCCGUGUCCAGUGUGUCAGAAAAUUUUCAAACACAGUUCUAAGUUAGCUAAACAUAGUGUAGUUCAUACAGGUGAAAAACCUCAUCAAUGUUUAAUUUGUGGUAAAAAGUUUUCAUUCAAUUAUGAACUUGUUCAACAUACAAGAAUUCAUACAGGGGAUAAAAGAUAUCAGUGUCCAGUGUGCUUGAAAGAUUUUUCAAACAAAAUUGCUCUAGUAAGACAUAAAAGAGUACAUACUGGAGAGAAGCCAUAUCAUUGCUCAAUAUGUCUGGCAGCAUUUAAACAAAAUGGUCAUUUGCAGAUACACAUGAGACGCCAUACAGGAGAAAAACCAUACCAGUGUCCAAUAUGUGAGAAAGGUUUUACAGUAAAUACUAAUCUAGUAAAACAUAUGAGAGUUCAUACAGGAGAGAAGCCAUAUGAGUGUUCAGUAUGUCCUAAGGCAUUUCCCAAAAAAGAUACUCUAAUAGAGCAUAUGAGAAUUCAUACAAGAGAGAAACCAUACCAAUGUUCUGAGUGUUUGAAAGGCUUUUCAAGAAAAUACAGCUUAGUAUUGCACAGCAGAACUCAUACACGAGAGAAAUCAUACCAGUGUUCAGAGUGUUUGAAAGUUUUCUUACAGAGAAACAGUUUAAUUAAACAUUUAAGAGUUCAUACAGGAGAAAAACCAUUUCAGUGUUCAAAGUGCCUGAAAGAAUUUGCAAAAAAGGCUUCUUUAGUGAAUCAUAUAAUCAUUCAUUCAGGAGACAAUCAUAGUGUCCAGAGUCUAAGAGCUUUCAGAAAGAUUUCAUCAAGCACAAGAUGAGAACUCCUGAAGAAAAUAACCAAAGGUAAAUUAUAAGUUGUUAUUAAAUAUGCCAUAUUUGCACUAGUGUAAGUGAAUUACAAAAACAAUCUCUUAGAGUUCAGCAAUUUAAUACUUAGGUCAUUAAAUAUUUUUAGGAUGUUUACUAUUAACACACAUAAUAUUCAGGGCUGCAUACACUUUGAAUGUUAAAUCUGUUUAAAGGUAAAUAUACCUGUGUUUCAUAAGAUAAAAUUACAAGCAAAUGAUAUUUUUUAAAACUAAAUAUAUUUGGCAUUUGGAUACAACAAUUAAAAGCCGUCAAAAGGAGAGAGAUGUUAUUUGAAUUUUACUCAAAAUGUGAUUUAGAACAAGAAGCAAAAUGUUAUUAGCACAUUAAAUAGCAAAUUAUUGGGAGAACUAAAGAAUGUUAAUUAAAGAAGAGAAGAAGAGUGGUAUGAAUAAACACAUUUACAGUAGAAUCUAAAUUGUGAACAAUGUCAAGUUUAUGGAGACCUCAUGAAACAUGGAGUUCAAAAAAAUAAUGAUAAAGAACUUGAUGGAGACUUGGGUUCUAGGCCAAUAUUGAAUAUUGGUACAUAAAAUAAAUUAUGUAUUUAAUGUAAAACAUAAACAAUGACAAUAUAGCUCUUAAAAAGCAGAAUAAACUUUGCUGAUUUAAGUCAAAGUUAUUUUCUUUAUAAAAAAAUAAAAAGAGUAAAAGGAAAUUGAAGGGGUAUAUGGUGACAUUAUCUUCUGUUCAAGAAACAAUCAAUGAGAGAGAGAGAGAGAGAGAGAGAGAAUGAUGAUGCUAGGAUACAAGUAUUGAACAUUUAUGUAAAUAACAAUUUCAACCACACUACAUGGAAGUGUUUAUUUCUAAAAUAGUGUGGAAAUAAACACACUAUUUCCACCAUAAAAUGUGGAAAUAGACGAUUUAUAUGACAUGGGCAGGGAUCACUAUGCCUUGGACCUAAGCAGUGGCUGGGUGAAGUAUAAAAUUUCAGAUGGGCAGUGGUUUGCUGCCUCUGAAAUUUUUACUAUUGUAGCCGUCUAGAGGUAGAGCUCUUGCCUAACACUCAUGGGGUCAAGAGUUUGAGUUUCCCGGAGCCCAAGCGAAUGAAAUUUUCUGUAAAUGCUUCCUCAGUAGCUCCUUGAUGCUUAUGCAUUGUUACUGCUAAGCCAAAGGAUCAUGAUAGGCAUCUGACACCCACACUGUUGCAGUGAGACAUAGAGCCAGAAUCUUUCUCUUCAAAGCGGGGAGAUCUUGAGGAUCAGCAGUCGACGCAAAACUGAGGAAACCACCAGAAAGGUUAGGUGAAACAAAAAUCUUAGGACUUGAAAGAAAAGGAAGGAAGAGGAAAAGAUAACAAGCAAUAAUUUGCUGUAGAUGAACAGCCACACUCAUUUGGUAUUGUUUGGCUCAAAGGCUAGAACCUACUUCCUGUUUCCUUAUCCACAGUGUAUAGCUUUUAUUUUGAUCCAACUUUAGACCAAGGUUCUGUUCCAUGGUGGUCAGCUUGCUCCAUGAGGGCAAGUUGGGUUCUCUGAGGAGUUGGGUUCCUUCUCUGUGGGGUCAAUCCUUUUUGAGUCAUCUUGCUUCUAGGUAGUGUGUUGGACUUUCUUGCCACCACAAGGCCUAUUUGUGAUGAGAUGCAGUUAGUUGUAUGGUAGUGUGUAUGUUGUGACUGGUCCUGGGUUUGGGAUAUUCCCAAACAUUUCAGGGUUGGUCUGGGACCCCAGGAUUACCUUCCACUCACCAAUGCUGGGAUCAUGUAGUGUGGACCCUGUUUUGUGUUGUAUGAAGUCCUCAUCAUCAUUUUCUCUGUUUUUCAUGGUUCAAUCUCCUCCUCCUUUGUUCAAAGUGUUCAAGUGAAAUUGACUGUUUUAAGUCCAUCAUGGACUUGAUUUAUCAAGCCGAAACUGAGGAAGAAAAGGGAAUAAACUAUUAUAGAGUAAGAUUGGUGGCGAGGUGCAAAAGGAUGAAUGAAGGCAUGAAUACCUGCUCAGUGACACCCAAAAUAUUUAUUCUCUUACAGUUUUGUGUUAUUGUUUAGGUUAUUAUUAUAAAUUUGGUGUAAAAUUAUUUACAAUUAUUUAUUCUAGAUUAUAUAUGUUAUAUAAAAAAAGGUGUAUUGAUAAUAGAUUAUGCAUGACCACUGAAUAUACAAUGGUUUAUGAAUAUUUCAACAUUCCUUAUUUAUUUGUCAUCAUGGAUAAAGAAAUUGAAAUGUGCACUCAUGAUCAGUCUAUGUAACUGUAAAAGUAACACAACUUUUAUACUACACUGUCAGGUAAUUGCAAUUAACUCAAAAAAAUAACACAGGAGCAAAAGAAUUAUUGUCUUGACUGAUGGGAGGUUGGCCGAGGUGUGAUCUGGUUGGUCUUCUGAUACUUUGGCUUGUCCCCUGAUAAGCUCUACCCACACACUGCUUAUGUGUUCGAAAAAAAAAAAAUCUGAGAUUAUGUGAUGCAUUUUAGCAUAAUCAGAAUGUUGACUGUUGAAGUAUGGGUGACUCAUUUUAGCAUCAUCAGAAUGCCUAAGUAUUAAAGUAUCUUGUAGAACAUUUCAGUAAAGAUUCCUGUCCUCUUGCCUCUUUUUCUUAUGGUUCAACACUGCUUGCUCUUAAGAGAAGCUUGUCCUCCUUGGCCUUCCUCCUACCACCAUAAUUGGCGGUGGAAAAUGGCUCUGGCGAGGUUACAUAUUGGCCAUUCAGGUUUAACUCACUAGCACUUAAUGGAGCAUUGUCCUCCUCCUUAUUGUCCUAACUGCAUUGUCCCUCUUCCAGUCAUGCACAUCCUUGUUGAAUCUCCUGAUUUUCAGGACUUGCAUGUACAGUAUCUUCCUUCCUGUCUGUCCCUCGCCAUCACUUGGCCUUCGAUAGAAUCCUUGGUGAAUCCGAUAUCUUUGAUAUUGCUCGCCUUGUGAGCUUUUGUUCUUGUAUUGGCAUCCUUUAGUGAUAUUUGGCACCUUUUGAUUAUCCUGAAACUGAUGGUGCUGCAUAGUCUUCCUGGCUUGGUGUCGCCUUUUGAUAAUUACUGUACUUAAUCAGGAUGGACCAAAACGUUCUCGUUUCUCCAUCUUCUGAUAUGUGGUUUGGUCAUCAUCUUUCUUAAUCAUUAAUGCCAUUCUUUUCAGAUAGAUGACCUAAUGUCCUGCUCUUGUGUUUGUAUAUUUAAUAGUAUUUCAUUCCUUUGAUUUAGUUCAUCAAAGUACUAUUCCUAUAUGGUCAUAGUGGCGUGGCACCUUUAUUUUCUAAAAUGCAUUCCCAUUUUUUCCUUAUAAAUUGGAGUUUAUUUGUCCAUUAUUUGAUUGUGCUUAAAGUGUUAUUGCAAAGCAUGUUGAAUGCUUACUGUAUCAUUGCUACUGAUGGCUAAUAGUGUAAAGUCAACUUGUAUUAGGAUGACAAAUACUGAGCCAUGUUAUGGAGAGUAACCAUCACAUAUUUGCAAGGUUACGUUUCUACAGAUCACAUGAAAUGUCACGUGGUGAAUUCCAUUGUAGAAAAAUUUAGGAUUCCAUUGUCUUUGACCUAGAGAUCAUUCAUGUAAAUGUCUGUGAAUAUCAUAUUAAUAUAUCUGUUGAUUUUCAUUUUAUAUUGCCUAUAUUGAUCCAUUAGCCACUGUCUCCAUUCAACCUGUCCUUCUACAAAGAAUGUCGCUUCACUCGUGUGCGUUACACAAGGCCAAAAAUUGUCAUACUAGAAAGUGAAAGCGGCUCGCAAAAGAAACGUACUGUUCCAUUUUCUGUUCUCAGGUAGGUUAGGAGAGGACAGUUUAAAUUGGCCAUUUUCUUGACGUUGGUAAACCUUAGGAGGACGGGCUGCUCCAUUGGCUGUGUUGAGGAUAGGAAACACAAGACUUGAUAUCAUAUCUUCUGAAGGAAAUUUAACAUAAGACAAGGGGGUUUUCCCCAGAAAAAAAAAAUUUCCCACCACAAAGUCAUUAUACUGUACUAUUUUCACAAGUUCAUUGAAGGAUACCCUAUUGUUUCACAAUAACAUCAAGGUGAUAAUAACUUACUUCAUAGAUAGUGGGGCGAGACAGGAGCAGCUGAUGUGCCACACUCUUGAAAGAUGAUGGGAGUGAUAUCUUCUCAAAUUUAUCAAAACCAAUCUGUCCCCGGAGACCUCACAGUCUCACAUCCAACCAAAUGUCUUGGUGCUCACAGGCACGGUCCAUGCCACAAGGAUUCAUAGAUUUAAUCAAAUAUAUUGUGUGCCAACCAAUUUCAGAACAAAAUCUGCUGUUCAGGGCAUUGCACUGUGAUGCACUUGCUAUAAGAUUUGUACUAUUUUAGUGUAAUAAUUGUUAAUUUUGCACUGCAUAGAAUUAAUGCAAUAAUCAAUAACCCAUUAACCACAUCAUUUGAUGAUGGAUUGACCAAGUGACGAGUUAACUUGAACACGAUGAUUGACUGGGAGUAACUUACUGAGCAGAAACAGGUACAGUAGUUGCAAAAGCAUGGGUAAUUUUAAAUAAUUAUAUAAAUAAAAUAUAGUAAUAGAGAAAUAUGAACAACCAAAUAAUCAGUUGGGUAAUAUAAUAUAUUUUACAGUUAGUUCUGACAUUAAUUUAGACAUGUAUUAUCAUAAUAUUUCCAAAUACAGUAUCUGCAUAUGUUGAACACCUUUUACUACUUUGAAGGAAUUAUAAAAUAUAGUACUGUAUUAGUUGUCACUACUUUUCUUUUAAAUAUCUUAAUAUAUUCUAAUAAGUAUUAAUUGUAUAGGAUUGUAAUACAUUGGCAUUCAAUUGUGUAGAAACAUGUCUCCAACUCCAUGCUGGAACCUCAUGUCUAAAAGAAACAUUCACAAGAACCUUGCAGUAAUAUGUGAGUAAAACUCGAUGAGUUCUACAUGCACAUUUAACAUUGCCAAAAACUUUUGUACGUUCAGUAUUUACAAAACUAAAAGCUGGCAAUAAAUUAACCAUAAAUAAUCAUUAUAUACAGUACAUUACAUGAUCACAAGUAAAUAUGUAUUUCAUGAUUGUCCAUUAACCAUAACUAAAUUGUAGUUAUGAAAAUUGUUAACAGCUACAAGUAAAUUUUUUUUUUUUUUUUUUUACACUACAUGAUCACAGUUAAAGAUCAUUAUAUACAUUGCAUCAUUGAACAUUAUUUAAAAAAUGAACAUAUUACAAUUAUUUUCCAGAUAUUUAGCGGUGUCUUGUCAUUUUUAUAUGCUGUCGGACUUGUAUGUAUUGUUUACAUGACUUACUAAAUACGUUCAUUAAUUUUGACCAUAGUUAUUUUUGGAGAAAUGUUUGACUCGAUAUAUUACCUUUAUCGAUUGAUAAAAAUGUCCACACAUUGCGGUCCCUAUUAUGUCAUACAGAAUUUAAUAUAUAUGAACACCAAAA